GUGUUGCCUACUCAUUUCUAAUUUUCCUCUCUCCAUUUUCUUCCCUUCCUUUUCAACUUUUUUCUCUUUCUAAAUAUGUACACACAACAUUUUCUUUUCACAAAAUUAUUUGUGAAAUAAUUAAAUUGUGUAUUUAGCCCUUUUAAUUUCUCUUCUUUUUUUUCUUACUAUGGGUUUAGAAGUGGAGGAAUUAAUUGAAAAGGAGAAAUAUGGUGUAUUAUUUGAUCCAAAAAAAUAAUAAUAAUUGAACUUUCAAUUCUAAGAAAGAAAAUUUGCAAAUCAUCAUGAAGAGACUUCGUAGCAAUGAUUCAUUGGGUGCACCAUUGACCUCUAUGUGUCAAAAUACUACAGAUGAACACAACAAUUGGAACAACCAUGUUUAUUCAAGGGACUUUCAAUCCAUGUUAGAAGGCUUAGAUGAUGAUGAAGCCACCACCUGUGUGGAGGAAUCCGGUGUCGGAUCGGAGAAAAAGCGGCGGUUGAGGGUGGAUCAAGUGAAGGCAUUGGAGAAGAAUUUUGAAGUCGAUAACAAACUUGAACCUGAAAGGAAAAUGAAAUUAGCUCAAGAAUUAGGGCUUCAACCGCGACAAGUGGCGAUUUGGUUCCAAAACCGCCGUGCACGGUGGAAGACAAAGCAAUUGGAGAGAGAUUACAAUGUUCUUAAAGCUAAUUUUGAUUCACUCAAACAUAAUUAUGAAUCUAUCCAACAUGACAAUGAAGCUCUCUUGAAAGAGAUUAAUGAGCUAAAAUCAAAGCUACAAGGAGGAAACAAUGAAAUCAAAAUUGCUGUUAAAGAAGAAGCUUUCGAAUCCGAAUCAGAUGACAAAGAAACUGAACAGAGCAACCAAUGCAACAAUUCUAAUACAGAGUUCAACUUUGAGACAAUAAUUAUGAAUCCCUCAAUUAUUUUUACUGAUUUCAAAGAUGGCUCAUCAGAUAGUGAUUCAAGUGCAAUCUUGAACGAAGAUAACGCUGUCAUUUCAUCUUCCGAAGCUUUCUUGAUUAAGUCAGGGUCAGGGUCAGGAUCAGGAUCAUCAUCCCCGGAUUCUAAUUCCUCAUUGAAUUGUUUCCAAUUCUUGGAAUCGAAUCCGAAAUCUAUUCUAACAAAUGAGGUUGAUUUUAGUUCGUCACAGUAUGUGAAAUUGGAGGAGCAUAAUUUUUUCAGUGGCGAAGAAUCUUGCAGUACUCUGUUAUUCACAGAUGAACAAGCUCCGACGCUUCAUUGGUACUGCUCGGAGGAUUGGAAUUGAUAAGACUCUUAAUUUUUGUAUAGUUGAGAUAAUGUGAAGAGCAUUGUAAGUGCCAGAGUGGUCUUGUUGUCACGAUUCAUUGAGAUACAACGCGAUGCGGAAAAAGAAUAAAAAUGAGGGGGGUGGGGUUUUUUUUCACGUGGGGUACUGUAGACAGGUUGGGUUGUUGGGGGACGAGGGAAAGUGUGUGAGUUUGGGUAAAAGUUGGCAUUUUGCAUUGUACUUUGAAAUCUUACACAAUUCUGUGUUUUUGUACUGCUAAAAAAAGGAGGGGGUGGGGGUGGGGUGCGGGGUCAAGAGAAUCUAUGAUUAUGAUGAUGAAGAAAAAAGCUUUCCUUGUAAUGGUAAAUAAAGGUGGCUAGCUAAAAGUAUUUCAUAGAUCCCAUUUUUGAAUUAUUUUACAGCUUUUAAAUAAUUUUUUGGAAUUUAUGGGUUAAAAUUAGGUGUAAUUUGUUUUAGGUACAUUGUAUGCAUGUUGAUUCACAUGUAUGUGGAAUUACAUAGACAAAUUUUGUUUGUCUUUCUCGCCUUC